AUGUUUCCUGGUGAAGAAAAAGAGUAUCUUAGUUCUGACAGUCUUUGUCCGUCUGAAGAUGUAAAUUUUACACAACAAAGACUUUACUCUCCAGAUGUGCUCAAUGGUCUUAAAAUAUCUGGCCUACCUAAUCAUAGGUUAGUCGUUAAAGUUGGUGUUCCAGUCAUGUUAUUAAGAAAUAUUGAUCAACGGAAUGGAUUGUGCAAUGGUACAAGGCUACAAGUAAAGAAGCUGCACAACCGUGUAAUAGAAGCAGAGAUAAUAUCUGGUUCAAAUAUUGGUACUUGCACAUAUAUCCCUCGAUUAAACUUGAUACCUUCUGAUAAAAAGAUUCCUUUCUCUUUUCAAAGAAGACAAUUUCCACUGGCCGUAUGUUUUGCAAUGACCAUCAACAAAAGUCAAGGUCAAUCUCUUUCAAGAGUAGGUUUGUACCUCAAACAACCAGUCUUCUCUCAUGGUCAGUUGUAUGUUGCCUUAUCAAGGGUGAAAACAAGAAAUAGUGUGAAGAUACUCAUACUUGACAACAAUGGAAAACCUACGGAUAAAACAACUAAUGUGGUGUAUAAAGAGAUAUUCAACGAUUUGUGA